GUUGAAGCUGAUAAAGUAUAUAAAUAGUCAGUAAGUGCUCUCGGACUUCAACGGAACCGAUUGAUCAUAGCAAUAUAUAGUUAGCAUUAUUAAAGUUCAAAACGAAGAACCAGCUUUCAUUAUGCAAAAUCCAUACGACCGUCCAUUCGGCGGAAAUUCGAACAACCCGUGCGGUUGUUUUCACGGUGGAAUUUGUAUGGAUCCCGUGAGCGUUAUUUGUCUGUGCAAGGGAGGAUUCGAGGGGAAAAGAUGCGAAGAAACUGUCAUUGAUUUUUCAUCGAUUAAAACUAAAGACAAAGAAUAUACAGAAACAUAUGUGAUUCUGGUAGUUGGUGGCUUCCUGUUCGUUCUAUUUGUUAUUAUUGGAUUUUUUAUUUGGAGACGAUGUCGCAAGUUAAAAAAGAACAAGAAUGUUGAAACGUCAAGUGAAGACAACGUUUCAGAACUCAUACAAAAUUUUGAAACAAUGUUUAUUAGAAACUCCGUUUUGGACGUCAGGUCUAUAGAAAAGUGUUCGCAACAAAGCGGGAAGUUUAUAAACAUUGUCCACUGUAGCAAACACUACUCGCUUAUAAUGGACCGGAAAACAUUACGCAGUGACGCAUCAGGUAAUCGCAGCGUUUAUGCCACAUCUGUGUUAAGAGAGGACGAAAUUAUCUCAUAUAAAUACAAGCGAUCUUCGAUGCCAGAAAGAAGUCGCAAAGGGGGUAUAAGCUUGUGAUGUCUCUUUGCACUUUCCAAACUCUGCUUGAAUCGGUUUAUUUCGCCCUUCCGAUCUCUGCUUGAUAAAAGUAUUAAGUUCACUUCUCCUAACAACUUUGACAUGAUACAUAUAUUCUGUGUUCGUUGUUCGUUAUAUCUGCGUUUUUAUCAUUUAAACACAAAAUACAAAAUGCUUAAAAAUCUUUUGUUGUUACUUACCGUAUUUGAAAUGUUUACAAAAUAAAACGA